AUCGCUUACUUAAAUGAUACACGAAGAAAUAGUGCUAUCAUGUUUAUUAGUUUUUAUGCCGCAAAAAUUAGUUUGUACUUCAUAAACAACCUAAAAGUUGUUUAUGUAACUUACGACGAUCUCUUUUAGUGAUUAUAACAGCUUAAUUAAUAGAAUAAUUACAACAUAUUUGCUUAAACUACAUUUGAACAAUAUAAUUUAACUAUAGUAUACUGUCACUUAAUAUUGGUGUGUUAAAUAAAAAAAUAUUCAAUUUUUUAUAAUUAUAUUAUUUAGUUAUUAUUUUUACAAACAAUUUUAUUUUUUGAAAUUAAUUAUUACAUCUCUUUGUAUAAUACAAAUUUUAACUUAUUCAAACUGGCGUCACUAGAUGAAAAUAUAGAUUUUGAAAACAAGAAGAGAAAGAAACAUAAACGGGAUAAAUAUGAAGAUAAAGAAAAAUCGGGCAGUUUAAAACUAAUUUUAAAAGUUGGCAGUGGGAGUUGUUUACCUGCAGAAGAAAUGGGUAAUAAUGGUAUUCAUGAAAUUGAUGAUUACUUAUCAAAAUCACAUAAGAAAAAAAAAAAAAAGCAUAAGCAUCAUAAAGAAAAGAAAAAAAGAAUACGUAAUGGUAUAACAAUUAAUGAAGAUAUUAGUCUUAGUGAAGAUACUCUUGCUGAAGCACCAAUAACAAAACGUGGUGAAAUUGAAAAUGUAAACCGAACAUCAAACAAAUUUGAUGAGUCUCUAAUGGGUUCAAAUGAUUGGGGCUCUGAUGAAGGUAACAAUCAUAGUGAAAAUAGACAGACCUUGCAACAACUUUUAACUCAUUUACUGAGAGCUUUGGAGCGGCGAGAUCCUCAACAAUUAUUUGCGUGGCCUGUUACUGAUCGUAUUGCACCCAAUUAUUCUCGUAUGAUUUCAAAGCCAAUGGAUUUCGAGACUAUUCGAAGAAAUAUUCAAACUAAUCAUUAUAGUAGUCUAAAUGCAUUUUUUGCUGAUAUAAAACUUAUGUGUGAAAAUGCAAUGACUUAUAAUCAUCCUGAAACUAUUUACUAUAAACAAGCUAAACGUCUUCUUCACGCUGGUUUAAAACUCACAGGCCCUGAAAAAUUAAAAACUUUAUUAACUGCAUUACCGGGAAUGGCAAAUAUACCAUUUUCUCAACUAGGUUUUGAUAUUAACCAAGAUUAUCAAGGUGAAACAUCAAAUGAUACAAUUAUUGAUAACAAUGAGAAAUCAAAUGAAAAAUUUUUAGAACAUGAUGAACAACCAUCAAAUCAAUUAAAGACUAUAUCGAAAUUUGAAGCAAUACCUGAUAAAAUGACACCUGAAGAAAUUCUGAAACAGGCCCAAAACGCUGCUAAAAUAGCUUCUGCUAAAGUAGCUGCAAAAAAAACUAAAAUGGGAUUUUUAAAACAAAAUAAUGGAUCUACUUCAUUAUCAAUAUUAGUCCCUAAUGAUGGAAUUAAUCCAGAAACUGGAGAACGUCCAGUUCUUUUAGGUUCACUGAUUGGUAAAUUGAGUCAUGGUGUUGGAUCUCUCACUGGUUUUCGUGAAGAUAGACGUAACAUGGUUAAAACAGUUAAGCCUUUGUACUAUGGUGCAUUUGGAUCAUAUGCCCCAACAUAUGAUUCUACAUUUGCUAACAUAACAAAAGAAGAGUCAGAUUUGGUACUUAGAACAUAUGGAGAUGAGUCUUCUGCACAGUAUGCUGAAAGUAUAUUAAACUUUACAAAAGAUUCAGACUAUGCCAUGACAAUGGCUGAUAAUUUACUAGAUUUAAUGACUGGUGGUGAACACCGUAAAACAAAACGUAUUCUAGAAGAACGAAAGAAACUAAACAUUAAUAAUGAAGAUAGUAAUAAGCCUAACAAUAUUCAUCAAUCUCCUACAUCUUGUCAAUCAUCAACUAAUUCACAAGUAAAUCCAGGAUUACCUAAUUUAAAUAAUCAAACAAAAUCUGAGCCAAUACAAAUUGAUCAGUUGAAAUCAUUAUCAGAAUUGGGAAUUGAUACUAAGUUUAUUGAUUAUUAUCAGGAACAAAGUGUUUUUCAAGAUAGAUUAGAUCAAGUUGGUGGUUUAUUAGGUCGUUUGCAAAAUAUACAAAAUCAGCGUUUAAGUGCUCCUUUACCUCAGCAUCUUUCUCAAGUCACCCAACCAUCCCAACAAGAAAUUCAACUAGCUGAUAAAAUAACUGAGUCACUCACAGAAAGCUUGAAACGUGUUCCUCCAUCAGCUGUUAUGUCAGUAACUGGUGUGCGAAAAGCAAUGGGAGUAGCUCAAAUAUCUCAAUUGGAUAUUGGACAAAGCCAUUGUCAUACAACAAACAUUAUAGGAUCUAAUCAACCAACUCAGGUGACCUUACUUAAUGAUGGAAACCAUGAACGUAUUGAUGGAGUAGAAGGUGUUGUAUCUGGUGUUGAUUUAGAGUCAGAAUUAAGAGAAUUUCUUGAAAGUGACCCAACAUUAACAAGUUUUCCUUUACACGAUGAAAACGAUCGUACUAUUGAAGAAAUAUUAUCAGAGUCUUAAAAAUUUCUAUUUCUUUCUUAUUUUAUUUUAUUUGCAACUUAAUACAUUUAAGUUUAUACUUAUUGCUAAUUUUAGUAAAAUAUGAAUUUGAUAUUUUAUACUACA